AUGUCUGCAACUUCUGAAGGCAGUGUUCAUGGUGAAACCAUUCUUCGCAAUCAGCAAAAAGGGUAUCAAAAUGAUACUCUCAAUCCAUACUUCAUGCAUCCAAACGAAAAUCCAGCGUUGGUUCUCGUUACUCCUCUCCUAUCAAGCAACAAUUAUCACUCUUGGUCUCGUUCCAUGACAAUGGCGUUACGUUCCAAGAACAAACUUCACUUCAUCAAUGGCGCUUUACCUCGUCCCUCGGAUCUCGAUUUCAAUUCUAUUGCUUGGGACAGGUGCAACACCAUGAUCAUGUCAUGGAUCAAGAACUCUGUAGAACAUGAAAUUGCUCAAAGCAUUCUUUGGAUUGAAAAUGCAGCUGACAUGUGGAUCGAACUGAAGGAAAGAUUCUAUCAUGGUGAUGUAUUUCGUAUCUCUGAUCUACAAGAAGAAAUCUGCACCUUAAAGCAAGGUGACACAUCUAUUUCUUCCUACUACACUAAGCUGAAAAUCUUAUGGCAAGAGUUAGAUAAUUUUCGUCCAAUACCUACGUGUGACUGUGAUCCUACAUGUUGUGCUAUCACCAAGAUACGCACCUACAGAGAUAGUGAUCAAGUUAUUCGAUUUCUGAAAGGUUUGAAUGAUCAGUAUGCAGCCAUUCGUUCUCAAAUUAUGUUGAUGGAUCCACUGCCCAACAUAUGCAAGGUUUACUCUUUACUUGUUCAACAAGAAAGACAAUCUUGCAUUCCCCUUGAUGAACCAAAAGUGUUAGCCACUCCUAACACCAAUCGUGAUCCACAAUCCAGAAGUAAUUCUCGAGGCAGAGGUAGUUUUCGUGGUGGUAGAUCCCUAGGUGGCAGAGGUAGAGGUAAUCGUGUUUGUACUCACUGUGGAAUGACUAAUCAUACAGUGGAUACAUGCUUCAAAAAGCAUGGCUAUCCUCCCAAUUGGAAACCAGAUGGUGCAGUCAACAAUUACACCACUGCACAUGACAAAUCUGAUACUCAUUCAAGUGAUGAUUCUGAAGCUAAUGCACAGGUAAAUUCUGGAUUGGCUUUUACUCCUGAGCAGCACAAGGCUUUGUUGGCUUUACUCCAAGAUGCAUCAAACUUACAGUCUCAUAGCAUUAAUCACCUCACCUCCCAAACCAAUCCCAGUUCAGGUAUCAUUUGUGCUAUUCCAAACUCUUUUCACCCUGAAACCUUUGUCCUUGACACAGGGGCAACUGAUCAUGUUUGCUUCACUCAAAAUUAUUUUCAGUGUCUUAAGCAAAUCAAACCCAUCACAAUCAAACUUCCUAAUGGUAGUCUUGUUACCACUAAGUUUUCAGGCACCAUUAAAUUUACUGAUUCUUUUUACAUCACUGAUGUUUUAUAUAUGCCUGAGUUUUCUUUCAAUCUUAUCUCUGUUCCCAAGUUGACCAAAACCCUCAAUUGCCAACUUAUGUUUACUGAUGUUAAUUGUGUCAUACAGGAUUUAUCAUCCAAGAUGAUGAUUGGCACAGCUGAACUGCAUGGUGGAUUGUAUCUUCUCAAGUCUCCAUCUGUUUCCUUGUACCCUAAUCCACCUAAUCAUUUUGUUAAUUCAAGUGUACAUAUUCCUGUAAAUAGCUCUUCCAAUUGUAGCCUAUGGCAUCUAAGGCUUGGUCAUACUUCUUUCUCUAAACUGGUGGAACUCAAUAAAAAUUUCCCUUUUAUCAAACCUAUCAAUUCUAAUUUACCUUGUGAUGUGUGUUUUUAUGCCAAACAAAAGAGAUUGCCUUCUCUCAUAGCACUAAUAUAUCACAGGCUGUUUUUGAUUUGA